GCAAAGCGGACGUUAUCGAGAAUAUCCGGUCUCUAUACGAAAAGGCUGCUGCAGAAAAAUGCAAGUGCAAAGAUAACGAGGCAGUCUGUGUUAUUGGAAGCACACAAACGUCGCCAUGGCCAAGAGCAAAGCCUGGCUCCGUUCGGAGAAAAGCGGCUACUGAAGCUGUCGGCUCCCCGGCGAAUAAACGCGGAAGGAACGGAGGAAGUCAACAGGGAUGUCCACAACCCGUAGAAAACGGGCCUACAAUGGAUUCUACGGCCACAGUGCAAGCAAAUAAAGACAGCGAGUGGACCGAGGUCAAAAAGAAGGAAAAACGGCCCAAACCGAAGAAUGUUGCCACCACAGGAAAACUGAGGCCAGACGCAAUCAUCAUAGAGAAAAAAGGUGAAAGCUCGUAUGCCGACAUCCUAAAAAAGGUUAAGAGUGAUGAGAACUUUAAGAGUUUCGGGGAUUCCGUAUCCAAAAUACGACGCACCCAGAAAGGCGAUCUUCUUAUCGAACUCGCGAAAUCAUGCCCAAAGUCGGCGGAAUUAAAGGCCCUUGUGAGUGCUACCCUAGGGGACGAUGCUUCGGUAAAGACAUUUACUCACCGAAUCCUGGUAGAAUGUAAAGACAUCGAUGAGGUUACAACCAAAGAAGAGGUAUACAAUGCUAUUAAAUCAUUGCCUGGUCUUGAAGGUAUUGAGAGUUCAGAUAUAACUGGUCUGCGCCCUGCUUAUGCUGGCACUCAAACAGCUACUAUUAGCUUACCUGCUCCAAAAGCUAAGAAACUUAUACAGCUUGGGAAAGUAAAGGUAGGAUGGGUUAACUGUCGCAUCCGCGAAAGGGUCCAGCUGAAAAAAUGCUUUAAAUGCCUUCAGUAUGGCCACAUGUCCCGUAAUUGCGGUAGCACAUUUGACCGGUCGAAUCAGUGCAGAAAGUGUGGCACUGAGGGGCACUUCGCUAAAGGUUGUAAAAAUAAUCCACAGUCUUAUAUUUAUAUCCCUAAAGAGAAACGUCGCAAGCUUGAUGAUAAGGCUGAGGUUAAGACGUUUGUGGGUUAUGAUGAAAAAAUAAAAUGCGUUACGAUUCGUCGACUUGAAUACUAA